UUCUCGUCCGCCGCAAAGGCAAAGUGCAAGCGUCCAGCAUGCGCCUCCUCCUCCUGCUUGUAGCUCUGGCAGUUGUCGAUGCAGCGACCAGCCCCAUCAAGAUCAACGGCUGGUACGCCUGCAGCGCCCGGACGUUCGCGACGCGGGCGCCGGCCAACGUGGCGCCUUCAACCGGCUUCAAGACGACAGCCUUCUCGGGGGCAGAGCCCGACGUCCUCGCCACGCUGCUUCGGCCUCUUGAUGCGUCAUCAGUUGCAGACUUGGCGAUGGCCACUACACAAGCGACCUCGAGCGUGCCUGUCGAGUGCGCCGAGUUUACUCUUCCGCUCUGCUACGAGAGCCUUUGCAAUACCGCCGGCUCGAUUCCCGUCUUUGUCAAGCGCAUGCGCGCGACGAAGCGAACGUCGUCCACCAAGGCGCUCUGGUUUCUCCAAGGCGGCCCUGGCGCUCGUCCUAUCUUUGUGUGGUGA